GUCGUAGCAGAAUACCUGGCCUUACUGUGUUAUCUUUUCUUUAUAUAUUACACCAAUUCUUGACUUUGUAGCUUGUGUGAAUGUCCAGUCGUGUAGCGGAGUGGCUUCGAAAUUUACCCCAAAAUGAAGAAUCCACUGUUCCCCUGGGAGUGAAAGAUGUUGAACUUCAUCCUUACCUUAAAACUGGUGUAGUUCUGUGUAAUGCUCUCAAUCAAUUUAAAAAAGAACACUUUGAUUAUGACCCUCAAGCAAAGUUUAGGUUUCAAAGUGUGGCGAACUUGAAAAUUUUUUUUGAUGAGUGCCAAACUUUUAUUAACUUUGAAGCUCCGAAUGCUUUAGAGGUUUACGGUGGCUCUGCCUUUGAACAACUGCUUAAAAUCCUAAAUGACCUAAUAACCGAAUUAGAAAGUAGACGUACAACCUCAAACCAGCCUUCUCGUCUUAAUCCAAUACGAGGUGAACUUGAGAAAAUUUUGGAUAAUAAAGAAAAGAGUAAUAAUUCUUCUUCCUGGAAAAAUUCACCAACAAAAAAAGCGAUUGCACUUUGGUCUUAUGCAGCUACGAAAUCCGACGAACUUUCUUUAAGAAAGGGCGAUAUUAUAAUUCUAACACAAACGCCCGAGGAAGGAUGGUGGGAAGGUAAAGUUUCAAACCAAGUAGGCUGGUUUCCCUCGCCCUACUGCAAAAUUUUCGAGGGAUCUACACCUCCAGAGAUUGACGAAGAAGAAUCUGAGGAUCCCACAGAAGUUGCAAAAAUUUCAGAGCCUUUGGAAACACUAUUAGAAGCUGAAAAAGAGGGGUACAACGGCAUUUCCGAAACUGAGAAAAACGGACUUCUUAUUAAUUUUUUUUCAAUUUUACAUUUUCAUAACAAAUUUUAUUCUCAAAUAUAUGAAUCUUGUGUUGAAGGCGGCACUAGAGAUCUUGUGGGGCAACUCUUUUUAGAAUCUUCUGAGGAAUUUCGUAAACUAUAUUAUUUUUACUUUUCUUCGUAUCCUACAGCAAUUGAAAUUUACAUGCAAAUCAAAACUUCCUCGGAAUUUCAAGAAUUCCUAAAACGCUGUUCACAGAAGAAGUCGGUGGACUACUUAAACGUUUUUCCCAUUUACUUGAAUAAGCCCAUUUUGCGUCUUAAAGUCUAUCCCAAAUUAUUAAAAGAUUUAGCGCGGAACACUUCGGAUUCCGCUCCAGCUAAAAAACAGUUAACUGAGGCUAUUCUAAUUUUUGAUAGAAUCGUUGGAUCUGCCGAAAGGAUAAAAAAGUUACGAACUACAGAAAGAUUGCUUGCAUCCAGCGAUAUUCAAGGGUUGCAUUUCUCUCAGUUGUCCUCUUGUGGAUCUCUGCAACACUGCGCUAACGUGCUAAUGCCUAAUUCAGACAAAAAAAAUUUAAAGAAUCUUUUACUGCUUGUCUAUGUCGACUUUCUUAUAGUUUUAUACAAGAAUUUUAAAGGCAACAAAGCUGUGACAACCUUGUACCCUCUCGGAAGGCUAGCCGAUCAGAACAACGUUCAUCUUGCGGAAUACGAAGCCAGUCGUCGAAGACUACCGGUCUCUUUACGAAAAGCACCUGGAGACAAGAAAACGGUCAAUACUUAUAUGAAGAAUGUACGAACUAACACGAAAGCUAAGUUUCCUAUUUGGAGCUCAACCUGCACCGCUGACAUGGAUCUUCAAAGGGUCUCCACCACGUACCUGGCGGUGAUCGCAGUAGCUGAAAGGUUUAACGGCCCCAAAGGAUUGUCGAAGAAACGAGAUUUAAGACUUAGGACUGAAUCUUUUACUGAUAAAGACUGCGAGGAUAAAGCGGAUAAAAUAACUUGUUCAUCUCUGGGGAAAAAAUGUUCUGCUACGUGCGACGAAACGGCUAAAUAUGCUACUUUUAACUAUUCCGUAGGUUGCAAAACUAGAAGUUAUACCGUUUUCAGAAAGUUCUUCAUGCACAUCUAUUGGCUAAUAUCCCUUUCAAGUCGGCUAAGAGGGUUGUACUAG